AUUUUCUCCGUUAACCGGCUCAUCCGAAUGUUUACUUUUGUUGGAUCUUUGAAACUGUGAUUGAUUAAUAGAAUUGCGAUUCUUUUGAAAUCGUUCUUCAAUAACUGCUUCCACAUGGACACUGUUGUUUAUGUGGAAAUGUCCUUGAGUAUUUUUAUGGCCCUUACAUGUUUUGUCUUAUAAUUGAAAUGUGAAGUUCUGCCGAAAUGCUUUAAGCACCGAUUUUAUUAUGAGAUUUGUUACAUUUCCAUACGUUGUUGGAAAAACUAUAACUUUGAAAAGUUGUCACUGGGAGACUUUUCAUUUGAAGAACUGAAUGCUAUGGAAAUGAGUUACCUUAAAAAUGAGAGAUAAGAUGGAUUUUUCGAGUGUCCCUGGUGAACAGCAUUCACAAGUGAUGAUUCCUCUGGACGCUAUAAAGAAAGAAAUCUUUGAUGAAUCCUGUGAUGAACUUCAGAGAUCUAUUCAAAAGGUGCCAUCUCUAAGCGAUCUCUCGGAAGAAAACUCACUAGAUCUUCCGAAUCAAGUGCCACCUCUCACUCCAGGGACAAAUCAGAAAAUGGCACAGGCUAUAUCUGCCAGUUUCAGUAGUUGGGAAAAGGAAAGAGAGCAGUAUCAUAUAACGGAAGAUCCAAGAACGUGGAGUGAAGAUGAUGUGAUCCAAUGGCUAUACUGGGCGAUUCGGGAAUUCAGUUUGGAAGGAGUGAUCACGGAAAAUUUCAGAAUGAAGGGUAAAGAUAUGUGUUCGCUGGGGAAAGAAUUGUUUUUGUCUUUGGCUCCCAGUUUUGUUGGCGAAAUCUUGUGGGAUCAUCUGGACAGGCUCUUAAGAGACAUUGAAAAUGGUCGAACAGGCAAUCCAACAAAUCUUGAACUGCUAACAAAUAACGGGUAUGAUGUCAUACCAGAAAUGGAAGAGUUUUUCCCACAAGACUACUGUUACGCACCGCUCAGAGAUUCAAAAGUAACACCAGUAUUGAAUGGGACAAAUCCGAUAUCACCGGCGAUGAACGGUGCUAAUCCAAUAUCUCCAUCAAUGAACGGUCCAGCGACCACACCAAUCCCGGGUAGUCAGCCACCUUAUAUAGAUGGUGGAUACGGCCAAAUUAGUGAAACAAUGCAUACGUUACACGAGAUGACGCAAGAUGAUCUUGGAGUUACGACGGCACAAUUAGAGGAUAAUUCCGAAUAUGUAUUGGAAUCCAUUCCCAAUCAUCCCACCUACAUAGAAAAUAGUCCAGAAUUUUAUUCACCUUCCAAUGUUGUGAUGACCCAAGACACAAAAUAUCAAACACAAUACGUUAAUCGACAUUACAGAGGACGAUAUCCCCACCACGAAAUGGGGUAUUCAGAAAGUUAUAGUCCUCAUCACUAUGAACCACCAUUCCAAACUGUACCUGGCUCAAUCCAAACUGGCUCACACUGGUCAACAGAGAUAAACCACCAGCAUGGUGGUUAUGGUAACAUAAACCGAGAUAGUCAUCUAACGCUCAACAAUAAUCUUCAGAAUAUGAUCGGAAUGCAAAGUCCUCUUCCUCUUCCAGGACAGGACAGCAAACCUGUCAUACAAGCUGCAGUUCUUGCUGGCUAUUCAGGAAGUGGUCCAAUACAAUUGUGGCAAUUUCUACUAGAACUCCUCACCGACAAAUCGUGCCAAAACUUUAUAAGCUGGACUGGAGACGGGUGGGAAUUCAAACUCACAGACCCGGACGAAGUGGCAAGACGAUGGGGUGUUCGUAAAAAUAAACCAAAGAUGAAUUACGAGAAACUCAGCCGAGGACUAAGAUACUAUUAUGACAAAAAUAUUAUCCAUAAAACGGCUGGGAAACGUUACGUUUAUCGUUUUGUCUGUGAUCUGCAGAACUUGUUGGGCUAUAGCCCGGAAGAGUUGCACGCAAUGGUAGAUCUUAAACCCGAUAUCAAAACAGAAGAAUGCUAAGUCACACUUAGUAAACGGGUUACAAGUUUUAUUAUCUGGUCACAUAAAUCAUAGACAUUUGAUACUUACAAAGAAUCAGACCUUGUGUCCGAUACAAACUGUUUCAAUUGUGAUCUGUUUUGAGAUUUUUUUUUAAAAAGGCAAUAUUCUUGAUGAACUAAUUACCGAAAAUAUUCUAGUUAACAUCGACAGAAACAGAGGCUAGUCAGGUACUUGUUUCUUUUGUACAAGAAAACUACAGUAUUCGCCUGUUCUGUCCUGUGUUUCUUUCCUGUCUCUCUUUGAAGAUUAUGAAGGGCUUGGGGUUAAAUAAUUAUAAACCACAUUUGUUUAAGAGAGCUUUAAAGUGGUAGAAAGAGUGUUGAAAAACACCAAAAAUUGUACUGUUAUUAAAUGAAAGUAUUGUGCUGUUAUCAAAUAAGAGAUUUGUUAAGUGCCUAUUUGUUAACCAUACAUUUUGAUAUAAAAAUAUAACCUUUAGAAUGUGGCUUAUCACUAUAUUUCCCCUAAGCCCUCUUUUAUCAUUUAUGUUUGUCUUGCCUGCAAGUAAUAUUGUUGUAUAUAUUUUUAUUAUUUAAGGAACUGAACUUUAUAUUUCAUCAUUCUUUAUAGAAAAUACAUUUAUAAGUUUCAUUAAUAAGUAUAAUGUUGAUUGUUUACAGUGGUUAACUAGUCUGUUUGGAUGCACAUUUACAAUUGCAAAAUAGUAAUUUUUUUAAAUAUUUACAAAAAAUGUAAAAUUUUAAAAAUCAAUCUAACAUUCCCAAUUAAUUAAAUAAGUGCCUUUUUUAUAACUAA